GGUCCGACAGCUGUGCAAUUCAUUCGGAACAUCCUGCAACGAUCUCUAAGAUCUUUCAGUGCAGUCGGAUCGCCAUGUCCAUGCGAUGUCACAGGGUAGCGUUACGCGGGGAAAAGGACGUAUUUAAAACUAACUACAACAGGACGGAACAUCCCCUCAAAGAUAAUGAUGUAGUGGAAUGUUGUUGCAGUGACGCCUGGGUGGACUUCACGCAGACGACAUCUCUACAGGGGCUGCGGUACAUAUGGAUGCGAGGCACCGUCCCCAUUAGGAGACUGCUAUGGCUGGUUUUAACAGUGACGUGUGUGGCCAUCAUGAGCUACCAGAUUGUCGACCGCGUCAUCUACUACUACGACUACCCCGUAACUGUCAACGUCAACGUUAACUACAACAAAACCCUCUUCUUUCCCACCGUCACCAUCUGCAACCAGAAUGCUUUCCGUGCAAGCAAAGCAGCAGCGAUGGGAUACUAUGAAUUUCUGACCGCCAUGUUUAAUGGAGGCAAACGUAUGUCUGCCCUUGACCUUGAGAAAAGAAACGCCACGAACAUGACGCUAAUGCAUCUUUACACGAGCACAGCUCACGCAAUGGAGGAUAUGAUCGUCAGCUGCCAAUGGCGCGGGGAGCCCUGUGGGACCUUCAACUUCACUAAGAUACUGAGUGACCAUGGCGUCUGUUUCUCCUUCAACCUACAAAACACGUCUAACCCAGAACGUCUCAGUGUCAUGGACGCAGGGGCAGAGAACGGCUUGUCCCUGACGCUGAAUGUGGAGCAAUACGAGUACAUGCCGGGGCCCCACGACGCCGCAGGGGUGAAGAUCCUCAUCCACGACCACAAACAGUUCCCCAAGGUGCAGGAGCUCGGCAUAGCCCUACCCACGGGGACGCAUUCAUUUGUCGGCAUGCAGCUCAUCUCGAUUCAUAAUCUUCCCAAGCCUCACGGGGAAUGUCAGCACCCUACCUUGAAGUACUUCCCUCACUACUCUAUCGAGACGUGCCAGGUGGAAUGUGCCAUGGUACAACUAGCGGAGAAGUGUGGCUGUAGACUGUUCUAUAUGCCGGAAACGGAAGAGGACAUCCCGCUCUGUACUCUGGGGGAUUACUACAGUUGUUACAAGCCUUUUGCGGUGGAGAUUCGCGAGUCUGUGCAACAGAACUGUCACUGCCCUGUUCCAUGCAACUACGCUCUCUUUGAUUCCACUGUAUCAUACGCCACGACCUCCACCUUCGUCAUCGACCGUUUCCUUAGCAACACAAACAGAUCCGCCCUUAAAAUGAAAUACCAGAAUGCCAGAGACAUCACUCAUCGUCUACAAAGCAACAAGGCUGAAGAGCUUCGAAAACUAGCACAAACUUCGGACCAGAAAUUCAAGAUGCUAAGACACGUGAUUGUGGAUCAACUAAAGGUCAAGGUCAAAGAGCAGAGGAGACAACUCCUGAAUAUCUCCGAAGACUUCUUGUGGAACUGGAAGGAGACGUAUAUGUAUUUUCAGUACCAGAACUACAUUCAUCUGAAGGACCUUGCACGUGCUAGAGAUGCCAUGAACGAGAGGACGUUCUCCGUGAUCGCACACGGGGCUCAGGAGUUCACAUUCAGCGUAGAAAGGAAAAUUGAUCAACUGGCAGAUCCAGAGAUCACGGACAGCUCUGUGAGAAAGAUGAUCUACAUCCUCGUCAAGAAUCAGCUUGAUGCAAGGAUAGAUAUGGCAAAAAGAGCACUACAAAAUCACACCCAGCUUUUGUCAAGUUAUCUAAAUGCAACACCAAUCUUUAACUACCGGUUCAGAAGAUUCAGUAAGAGCGAUAGCUACCUUCUCAUCCCUAAAGUGAUGAUUAAGCAGUCGCUUCGUAGGUCCUGGACUAUCAGAACACGGUCCUCUCGAGUUGCGACUGAUAUCAAGAAAAUGAUUGACUGGAUGGAAGAAUACGGACACAUUGCUGAGUCAGCAUUUAUGAAUGGAACUGUAAAUGGCACAUUAAUAUAUUUUGCCAACAUACACUUUCUAGACAACUGCAGACAGUAUUUGCAAAGUAAAAGCCACUUCUUUAGGGAUUUCAUUGAUUGGAUUGUUACACAGUUGAAUAAACGAGAACAGGAUUGCACAUACAUUAAAACGGACUUUGCAAAGGCCCGCGACUUUACUUUACAGUAUCUGGGCAUCGUGGAGGAUGCAAUCCAAAACAUUCUAUUGUACUUGGAGGACAUACAGAAUGGAACCCGUAUGUGUGAUGACUACUUGAACUACGGAAACAUCAGCCUGGAGGCUGUGUCACUCUUCUUCAGAUCAAAAGCUGUUAAGAACAGUGUCAACAGUUUAAAUGUGUUCUUCGCGACUGUCAGAACCCGAGGGCAGAAUAUUUACGACAGCUGGGAGAAGCUCUCUGUGGUUUAUCAAGAGAUGUGGAACUUCACGUUUAAGCAGGUGGACCUGAUGCCUUACUGGAGGAACAAGAACAUCAGCAGAUAUUUGAGGAACAGCUCGGAGGUGAUUCAGGAGAUUCGGGACAGCUUUCUCGAUCACCGGGACAUGAUUGACGUUCAGUGUAGGUUCGAUAACAAGGAUGAGGCGUUCCUGUUGAGUCUCGAGAGUCUCACUGAUCACAUGCAGGAGUUCCACGCCAGUAGUCACGUGGAUUCAACGUUUGUGAAGGAAAACUUCUUGAAGUUGAACGUCUAUUACCGUCAACUCAACUUUGAGAAGCACACCCAGCAAAUCGCCUAUGACGUGUUUGCGCUGCUCUGUGACAUCGGGGGAUCGAUGGGCCUCUUCAUUGGAGCCAGCGUACUCACCAUCGUCGAAAUCCUAGACCUCGUCAUGUUUCAAGCAAUAAACCCUUCACGAUAAGACUGAUGGCCGAAGAAAGUACAGAGCUUUAAGUUGUCUGAUCACCAUGUGUCAUGUGUAUUUCAAUGUAGUAUUUACAAUGUAUCGCUAUUUUUAAGGGCAUUAUCAUUUGCAGAAGCCCGACGAAGGAGGGCAGUUGAAAAG